UGCCAGCGGCCAUGUUGGUUUUUGAUCGCCGCUUGGUUGAAACGAUUUGCCGAUUGGUUGUCGAUUUAUACCGCCGUCGUAAUUGGGGUUUAUGUAUUGACACUUAACAUCGUCUAUUUUAGCCAAUCAGGAUCGUUGGACACCUGGAAAACCCAUUAUAUUCUUUUGUUUACCAACAAAUUUUCUAAACGCCCCUCGUACACCUAUCACGCCGAUAAACCUAUUAUCUCGGGGUUAAAAUUUCCACAUCAAUUGAUAACACCUACAAGCAAGCUCCGCCGCAUAUGAGGACCACACAUUUGCUGGUUUACCCUGACGGAAAGAUUGACACGAGUUAAAAUGAAAGUAAAAGUCGUAAAGGUUAACGAGGACCAACCUAUCGGGCUUAUAGAUCCGUCAGAACUGCACAGGCCGGAACCCAAAUUCGCGGCCAAAGAAAACUACCGAGAUUAUUCGGUCGAUUUGAGCGACCCCAUUCAAGAGAGGGUGCGUCAGACUUACCUCAAGAUGCACACUCACCAAACUGUGGACUACGUCAAGGGAAAAAUAAACCAGUGGUGCAAAUUCGAUACGUUCAAAUCGUCGAUGAAAGAUGCGUUAAUCAGACUCAACGACCUCGUCGAUGAAUCGGAUCCUGACGUGGACAUUCCCAACAUCGUCCACGCGUUCCAAACCGCCGAGAGAAUAAGGAAAGAACAUCCGGAUAAAGAAUGGCUUCAACUCACCGGUCUCAUACACGAUGCUGGAAAGGUUAUGGCGUUUUACGGCGAGCCUCAAUGGUCGACCGUCGGUGACACGUUUGUCGUUGGGUGCCAGUGGUCCGACAAUAUUGUCUACAGGGCGACAAGUUUCCACGACAAUCCUGACGGAAAUAAUCCCAAAUACAACUCAAAAUACGGCAUCUACGAACCGAACUGCGGCCUGGAGAACGUUCUGCUCUCUUGGGGCCACGACGAGUACCUGUACAGGAUGUUGCGUCACAACAAAUCGAAACUUCCUCCUCACGCGUUGAACAUCAUCAGGUUUCAUAGUUUUUAUCCUUGGCACGGAAGCGGCGAUUACGAGCACUUAACGAACCAGGAAGACCGCGACAAUACCCUGAAAUGGGUUCUCCUUUUCAAUCAGUACGACCUGUACACGAAAGGCGCGGAAAUACCCGACAUCGAAGCCCUCUGGCCGUAUUACGAGAAACUAAUCGACAAGUACAUUCCAGGCGUGCUCGAAUGGUGAAUACCAGUGACGUCAUUCGAUUGUCAAAAACAAAAAAUGUAAAUAUAUUUGCUGGAAAAGGGGCAAGGUUUUUCUGUAUGUUC